AAUGCCAUUGUAAUUACAUAUGGCCGCCUCCUGCUUAAGAGUGCCUAAACAUUGCCAUAAAUAAAUUGCAGAAAUUCCGAAGAAAGCAAGAUAUAGAUUUCUUUCAAGAUGGAGUCUCCGUCCUCCCCAAAGAGGGCAAGGUCUGAUGCUGAUUUGACUGAACUAUCAAAAGAAGAACUUGUUAAUAGAAUUAAAGACCAAGAAAAAGUAAUUCGUCAGUUGGAAGAGAAGCAAAGAAAUUCUAAAACAGAUGAAAAAGAUAUAAAAGACCUGGAGGCAAAAUUAAAACAGCAUCAGAGAGAUGCUGCACGCAGAGAAAAUACUCUAGUUCACCGAUUGACAACCAAGGAACAAGAACUGCAGGAUUAUAUAAAUCAAAUCCAAGAAUUCAAACAGUCACAGACACAGAACAAAGCACAGUUACAAACAAUGCUUCUUGAUCCUGCAGUCAACCUAGUAUUUCAAAGGAUGACUAAAGAAAUGGAAGAAUGCCAAGAGAAACUGAAACAAACUCAAAACGAACUCAGUGCAUGGAAGUUCACACCCGACAGUCAAACUGGCAAGCGGUUGAUGGCUAAAUGUCGAAUGCUGCUACAAGAAAAUGAGGAAUUAGGAAAAGUCAUCACAUCAGGCAGAACAGCUAAACUAGAAGGAGAAAUAGCAGUCCAGAAACAGCUCGUACAGGAAAUGAAAGGCAACCAAUCUGAACUGGACGAGUUUCUAGGAGACUUGGAAGAGGAUGUAGAAGGCAUGCAAAGCAUGAUCUAUACAUUACAGCAGCAACUGAAAGAGACUAAAGAACAAGUCACUAAGUUGGAGGAGGAGAACUUGACUCUGAAAUCCUCUGUACAAACUAGUGCCCAGUCUCAGACUCCUAAUAGUGCUAUUCCAACCAGUCCCAGCACGGAAAUUAAGAACAUGAAACAGGAAAUGGAAACGGACCCUAUCAAACAGGAAAUCAAAUGUGAACGGACAACAGAGUUUGAGGAGGCUUCGGAAAGAACUCUACAUAGAUGGUCGAGUCAGGAGGAAAUGAUGGACACUGAUCAGGAUUCCCGGGAUGUUCCGGAGGUGAAUCACAUUGCAGACAGACUCCAGCCGACGGCGGGCGUCAAGUGUUCAGACUAUGAGAGCUCACAAGACGGCUGGUCCAGUCCUUAUCCAGAAACCAAAGACGAUAUAAACGGAUCAAACAAACAUGCCCCCCAAUCAGACAGUACGCCCGAAAUGGACCACCUUAGUGACAAGGGGUACUCUGGGGGUGGUGGGGAUCUAAUCCCAAACGGGGUAAAUAGGACUCCAUUGAAGGAAGAAGUGGGAGAAGCAUAAUAUAACAACCAAGUCACAUGCUCAGCGUAGUCAUUUUUAUAAAAUCAUCAUUAUGAGAAUUCUUUUCUUUAAAAUUCAUUUUGAUUGGCUGUGAACCUGUUUCAUAUAACCAAUCAAAUGAAGUAUUACUGUAGAGAAGAAAACAUAUGGUCCAUGAUUGUAUUUGUUAUAACUUGUGUUAAGUGUUGAUUUUGUUAAUGUUUCUCUCCAGAAAACAGGAACAAAAUAUAUUAUGAUGUUGUGAGACAACUAUGACAGGCUUAGGGGGAAGGUAAUAAAUCAAGCAUAUAGAUUUCUUGAUGACAAAAAUAUAUUUGAAAAUCUUAAAAAUGCAUUCUUGAUUCAAGAUAGGAAAUCUUGAUUCAUAUUAAUAAUAAUUGAAAUUUGCCAAAGUUUUGAUUUCAUCUUUAAAUGAUAUGACAUUUUUCUAAAAAGAAAUUUUCAUUUUUAAUCAGUGAUUUUUCAAAUAAUAACAUUAUGCUUUAAGAAUUGCCAUCCUUUUAAAAAUCAUUUGAUAUUAUAAGUUACAUUGGCUAGCAGAUUUUUUUAUUAUUGAUAAUGAAUAUUUUUUUAAUGUAUGAAGUUGUGCUGCCAUAUUGAAAAGGGAUUCUGAUUUUACCAGUCUGUGAAAGACAUGAAGGUGAUAGAUUUUGUUUGAUCUCUUGUUGUCAUGGUAAUUUGUGAAUUCUUAUUAAAAUUAACUUGACAAAUA